GCCGUAUCAGCCUGUGUCAGGGCUUUCCACUGUAGUGCUGCAUUCUGAUGUAGCCCAGCGGAUACACAAACGACACGCUCAGACCUCGCGUUCAGUCGCUGUUUUUAAUGUCAACGAAGCAUCAUGACACUUGCUAAGCAGUGGCUGGCCGGAUUCGCGCUCCUGUGCAUUUAUGUUGCAGCUGAAUCGAAAAAGAAUUUCAAAUGCCCUUCAGGAUGCUCCUGCACAAAGGAGACCAUCAUCUGCGUCGGCAUUUCACAGAUCCCCCACACUAUACCGAAAGAGAUCAACUCCCUGAGCAUGGUUAAUGGAUCAAUUGCGGAAAUUACAGAGGGGAUGUUUUCACUUAUGCCUUCUCUUCAGCUGCUGCUUCUUAAUGCAAAUUCUUUGACUGCAAUCAAAGAUGAUGCUUUCUCUGGUCUGCCUCAUCUAGAAUAUUUAUUCAUUGAAGGGAACAAGAUAGAAACCAUCACCAAAAAUGCCUUUCGUGGUCUACGAGGGUUGACUUAUCUCUCCCUUGCAAAUAACAAGAUAAGGUUUCUGCCGAGGGAUCUCUUUUUUGACUUGGAUUCCUUGCUGGAAAUAGAUCUGCGAGGCAACUCUUUCCAGUGUGGCUGUGAGAACAAGUGGCUGAUGACAUGGCUGAAAAACACGAAUGCCACAGCAUCAGAUGUCUUCUGCGCAGGCCCCAGUGACAUGAAGAGCAAGCGGCUCAAUGACCUUCCUAUUCCACCGGGCGAAUGUAUUUCCACAGACUUUGUGCGUCAUCAGUCCAUCCCCAUUCAGUCCAUAUCAGCGGACAUCUUCUCCUUCAAAGACGACAUCUUUGUAGCGAUGGCCGCCCCAAACUCCAACAGCUGCAUAGUCAUGGAGUGGGAUCACAUUGAACUGAACUUCAGAAAAUUUGAUAAUAUAACAGGGAAGUCUGUUGUUGGAUGCAAGUCGGUUCUAAUGGAAGACCAUGUCCUAAUAAUAGUCACCCAGCUCUUUGGGGGUUCCCACAUUUACAAGUUUGAUGGUCAACAAAACAAAUUCAUCAACUUUCAAACUAUUGAGGUGUUCAACAUCUCGAAGCCAAAUGAUAUUGAAGUCUUUCAGAUGGAAGGUCACUGGUACUUUGUGAUUGUGGACAGCUCCAAGGCAGGCAUGUCUACUCUCUACAAGUGGACUGACCAACCAGAACGCAAUGAAACUGGUUUCUACUCCUACCAGUUUCUCCAUGAAUGGUUUCGUGAUACAGAUGCUGAGUAUGUUGAGGUGGACGGUAAGUCCUACCUGAUCUUAGCCAGUCGCUCUCAGUCACCAAUCAUCUACCUGUGGAACAGGAGUACCUUAAAGUUUAUACUUCAUAGUGAAAUCACAAACGUUGAUGAUGUAGUGGCUGUCAAAGCUUUCCGGGUGGAGGGUGACUUGUAUCUGGCCAUGGCUUGCUACAUCGGUGACUCCAAAGUCCUCAAGUGGACCAACAAGCAGUUCAUUGACGUGCUGCCUCUUCCCUCUCGAGGGGCGAUGAUCCUCCAGCCGUUCACCUUCGCAGACAGGCACUAUCUUGCGCUUGGCAGCGAUUACUCUUUCACACAGAUCUACCUCUGGGAUGCAGAGUCAAAAACAUUUCACAAGUUCAAGGACAUUUACGUGCAGUCACCCCGGUCAUUUACUGUGGUGACCACUGACCGAAGGAGUUUUAUUUUCUCCUCCAGCUUCAAGGGGAAAUCGAUGGUCUUUGAGCAUAUAUUUGUAGAUUUAAGCUUAUAAUAACUACAAAAGCAGUACUGAUCAAAAUAUACAGUGCUUAAAAAAAAUUAUGAGACCAUUGUAAAUGCUGGCGGAUUAACCUUGCAGAAACAUUUAAAAAUGACUUGGCAAUUACCAGUACUGAUAAUUUAGGACAGCUGUGGGAUGAACCUCAUGGUGGUGGUCAAAUAAAUUUGUUAAGUACUGCAUGUUGGUUAGUCGCUUCAUAAUGAGUGUAUGCUGUCAAAGAAGUGUCAAAUGCUGUGUAUUGUACUUAUGCAACUAGAUUUAUCGUUCUUGGUUUGAAACUAAAUUUAAUCAAGUUUUCUGCAAAUAAUGUGAUAUGGAUUCAGAAAAUUAUGAAGGCUAGGUUAAUGUUAGACCAAAGUAACUAAAGGCUGACAGAAA